AUGUCUUCCACUGCUCCUACUCACCAAGCCCUGGGUAAUAUUGUGAACAAUACUGAUUCAGCUCCCUCUCAGCAUCAAUGUUGUGAAUGCCGUCCUUCUGAGAAGGCUUUGUAUCAAGUUGAGGAGGAUCAAGAGCGCUGUGAGGCACGCCGCCGCCCAAGCGGUCAAGACAAAACCAAGGCCACCCAUAAAAAUUGUGUUGACAGAGGUACACAAGACAGCACACAGUUUUCAACGCAGGCUAUCACCCUGUCCAAAGGUAGUGUAGCAGCCAAUGGUCCACUAGAUCUGUGGCCCUGGUUCAGCAAGGUCCCCCCACAAGCAGCUCUGUCCAGAACAUCUGGGUCUGGGGGCUGGCAGGAAGACGCUCUUACAAAGGAGUCUGGUUUUGUGAAUCGUGAACACAGGUCCAAUGGUUUCAGUAGUUCCGCCGAACUCCACCGACGAUUGUCCUCCGGAACUCCCUGGACUUCCGUCGGACUUCCCCUCUGCCCCUCGGAAAUUAAGGGCACUCUUUCCCUUGAGCACGACCUUAACAACCUCAAUUUUGGGGCGCUCAUCAUUAUGUUGAAGCUGCUGCCUGCACCAUGGAAGUUAACAGCAGCCCGUGCCAACGAGCUCAUCCGACUUCAAUGGGCGCAGUCCCAAGGAUCCUUAAAUAACAACAUAGACUUGACCGACAGUGAGCAGUAUGACAACAGUGAGCAGUACAAUGACGAUGACAACCCUAUCAAUCAUGAUGUGGACGAGAGUGAUGUAUUCACCGGUGGAGAGAGUAACAGCUAUGAGGAUUUGCGCCACUUGAAGCGUGUGCAGCUACCACGCUCAGAUGAUGAGGGUGACAGCACCCAGAGUCAUAAACGGAUGCAUGAGUCCAAAGAUUCGCCUUCCCCACAGCAAGUAGCCUGGGAUUACAAAGUAGCAGUGCAGCAACUCAUCAAGUUUGUGAUCAGCCAUUUUUGUGUCUGGCUCGCAUCUGAGUAUGCCUAUCCAGAUUGCAUGACUCAAGUCUUGUGGGCAAAGGAGGCAUGUAGCUCUUAUGAGAUUGAGAUGGGAUUCAAUGGCAAGAUCAUACAGAUGAUUACAUGCUGCACAUCGCAUCUCACAGGCGAGGUGAAAGGGAAGGUUCGCCCACUUGUCAAGAACAUUUAUGGUUUUGAGUCCACCAAUCAGGAGUCCAUCAAGUCUAGGAAUCGCAAACUCGCCCAUCAGCUCAAGGAUAAAUUUGGCUUGUGUUACCAGGACCUUGGGGACAAAAAGAACAAUGUCCCUCACAGUGGCCUCUUUCAGUCAAGGUUAAAUCAGCAAGCGGCAAAUUUACUCUGGUACUGCAACAAGAAGGAUGAAGGUAUUGCCAAAUGCUGCAUUGAUGAAUGGUAUGAUGGUGAAUGGGUGGAUAUCAGCUUUUCGAGCAGCAAGUAUAGGGAGGCUUAUGAUAGGCAUCUUGUGAACCUCAAGAAGUUUCAUACUCAAAUGAAGGAUCACAGAAUCCUUGAUGGCAUCCUGGUGGAACUCAACAACAAUGGCAGGUUGCAUGCAAAGGUGGAUCCAAUUAAUGUUGAAGAUGGAGACUGCCUCUCAGACGACAGGAUCAACAACACAAUCUGGGAAUACCAGCAGGUCGGUGGUGCAGAUGAUAGUGAUGAGGUGGAGUCUGACUGGGAGUCUGAGGGUGGUCAAUUUGAAGAUGAUGAAGUUGAGGCCGAGUAG